AUGACCCGGCGAAUUGACAAGGGUGCAGAACCAGAUCAGACCAGAGCUAGACAGUACAACUGGCCAAGACAAGGCGGUUCGUCUGAAACGCGCAACGUGGAUCAUGUUGCGUUGGCAAUCCUUCGGAGCCAGGCGGGUCGGACAAGGCUAGGCAUGGCCAUGGGAUAUGAUAUGACGAUGGAGGAUACGGUAGGAGGAGAAGGGAAUGAGGUCAGAACUCGAGAGGGAGAAAGGGAAACAGCACAAGCAGCAGCUGUCGCAGACGGGAAAUCGAGAGAUUGGGGGGACCAGAGUCAAGAUCACUAG